AUUUUUCCUUCAAUCUUCUUUUUGGGUAUUUCAGUGCAAUUUUAUGCAUCGUCGCCUCUGUAGUUCCUUCGCCGGAGAAAAUGGCGAUUCAUCUUCUUCGGCUACCCCUUCUGUAUCCGGAGAGGCUUUGUUCUCCUUCCGAUGAGUUCCUCGAUGUCAAGUACACGAAGCGAUGCUUCUCCGGGGUCCUACGUUCGGGGCGGAGAAGAUCCCGUUUCCGGUGGUUCUGUUCGAACUCGAUCGGAAUCAGAACUCAGUCUCGGGAACCUGCGACAACUUCCGUUGAAUCUGUGAAACCGCCACUGAGUGACUCGCCGAUUCUGCUCGAUGUGAGCGGGAUGAUGUGUGGGGGUUGCGUCGCUCGGGUUAAAUCUGUUCUAGCGGCCGAUGAACAAGUCGACUCGGUUGUAGUCAAUAUGUUGACUGAGACCGCAGCUGUGAGGCUGAAACCGGAGGUCCAGGAGGUUGCGGACGCGGCGGAGAGCUUGGCCAAGAAAUUGACUGACUGUGGGUUCGAAGCGAAGAGGAGGGUUUCAGGGCUGGGUGUGGCGGAGAACGUGAAGAAAUGGAAGGAGAUGGUGAGCAAGAAAGAAGAACUGCUUGUUAAGAGCAGGAACCGCGUGGCUUUUGCUUGGACGCUCGUGGCUCUAUGUUGCGGUUCCCAUUCUUCGCAUAUUCUGCACUCGUUAGGAAUUCACAUCGCUCAUGGAGGGUUCUGGGAAUUUCUUCAUAAUUCGUACGUGAAGGGUGGCUUAGCAGUUGGAGCUUUGUUGGGGCCAGGAAGAGAAUUGCUGUUUGAUGGCUUAAAGGCCUUUGCAAAAAGAUCACCAAACAUGAACUCUUUAGUCGGAAUUGGAUCUGUGACUGCCUUCACUAUCAGUUUGAUCUCACUCCUCAAUCCAGGGCUCGAAUGGGAUGCUUCAUUCUUCGAUGAACCGGUCAUGCUACUUGGUUUUGUGCUCCUUGGUCGUUCUUUGGAAGAAAGGGCAAAGCUCAGAGCAUCUAGUGAUAUGAAUGAACUGUUGUCACUCAUCACCAAUCAAUCAAGACUUGUGAUUACUUCUUCGGGAAGUGACUCCCCUUCUGAUUCUGUACUUUCCUCUGAUGCAAUAUGCAUUGAUGUCCCAAUUGAUGACAUUCGAGUUGGAGACUCCCUGUUGGUUCUGCCUGGCGAAACCUUUCCCGUAGAUGGGAGAGUUGUAGCUGGAAGAAGUGUUGUAGAUGAAUCCAUGCUCACUGGCGAGUCGCUUCCCGUGUUUAAGGAAGAAGGAUGCCCAGUUUCAGCUGGAACAGUAAACUGGGAUGGACCUUUACGAAUUGAAGCGUCUUCUACUGGCUCUAACUCGACAAUAUCAAAAAUCGUCAGAAUGGUUGAGGAUGCACAAGGCAAUGCUGCUCCCGUACAGAGGCUUGCAGAUGCAAUAGCUGGACCAUUUGUCUAUACAGUAAUAACGUUAUCAGUAGCAACUUUUGCCUUCUGGUAUUACAUUGGAUCAAACAUUUUCCCAGAUGUUUUGUUAAAUGAUAUUUCUGGCCCUGGAGGAGAUCCUCUGGUUCUAAGCCUGAAACUGGCCGUGGAUGUCUUGGUGGUCUCCUGCCCCUGUGCACUAGGACUUGCCACACCCACUGCCAUACUAAUUGGCACCUCUCUUGGUGCAAAACGUGGAUAUCUUAUUAGAGGAGGAGAUGUCUUAGAACGCCUGGCUUCCAUAGAUUGUGUUGCUUUCGACAAGACAGGAACUCUUACUGAAGGAAAACCUGUUGUGUCCGGUAUAGCUUGUUUCUUAUAUGAAGAAUCAGAAAUUCUGAAAAUUGCUGCUGCAGUAGAGAAGACGGCAACACAUCCAAUAGCAAAGGCUAUAAUAAAAGAGGCUGAAGGAUUGAAAUUGGAGAUUCCAGUAACAAGAGGCCAAUUGACAGAACCGGGCUUUGGUACUUUGGCAGAGGUAGAUGGACGUUUGGUUGCAGUGGGUGCAAUGGAUUGGGUGAAUGAUCGUUUCCCCGAAAAGAAAGAAAUCUCUGAUGUGAUUACGCUAGAAAGUAUUAUAGAUCAUAGAUUAUCAAGCACAUCAUCCUCAUCAUCCAACCAUUCAAAGACUGUUGUCUAUGUUGGUCGUGAAGGAGAAGGCAUCAUCGGUGCUAUUGCAGUAUCUGAUCGUCUGCGAAAUGAUGCUGAAUUUACCGUAGCCAGGCUAAAGCAAAAGGGCAUCAAAACAGUACUCUUGUCAGGAGACAGGGAAGGGGCAGUGGCAACUGUGGCAAAGAAUGUCGGAAUAGAAACUGAAUCAACCAAUUAUUCCUUGACUCCUGAGCAGAAGUUCCACUUCAUAUCCAAUAUUCAAUCUUCUGGAUCUCGUGUUGCAAUGGUGGGUGAUGGCAUAAACGAUGCUCCCUCGUUGGCCCGGGCUAAUGUCGGUAUAGCUCUGCAGAUCGAGGCUCAAGAAACUGCCGCAUCUAAUGCAGCAUCUGUCAUACUUCUCCGUAACAAACUGUCGCAUGUCGUGGACGUGCUGGGUCUUGCAAAGGCAACAAUGUCGAAAGUGUAUCAGAAUCUAGCAUGGGCUGUUGCUUAUAACGUCGUCGCCAUCCCCAUUGCCGCCGGCCUUCUUCUUCCGCGAUACGAUUUCGCCAUGACCCCAUCUCUUUCCGGUGGAUUAAUGGCCUUGAGCUCGAUUUUUGUGGUCUCUAACUCGUUACUCCUCCGGCUCCACAAAUCUGAAAGCGGCGAAAACAGCUAGCUUUUUCACUCGGAUCAUCAACAGUUUGUUGCAAAUACUAAGAUGUCACAAACAUCAAAUGGAUGUGAAAGAUGACACUGGAAUGAGUGGGGUUACAUACAUGUACGUACACACAUAUAUAUGUGUGUAUGUAUACGCAGAGCAUGGAAAUCUUAUCUUGUUUUGGUCAAAGCAAAGGUGAUGAGAACAAGACAACCUUGGAUCUGAGAAUUUCUUUGAUCUAACAAAGGGUAUAUUUUUUGGGCGUAGACGCAAAGAGUCCAAUGGAAUUGGGAAACGGUGAAAAGAAAACAUUCGAUUUUUGUAUUCAUAAUAUUAAGGAGGUCGAGAUCGGGCUUUUGUCGUGAAAUAACCACGAAGAUGGGUUUGGGUUC